CUAAAAAGCUUCCCAAUUUCUUCAAAACCCUUCACUAAACCCCAUCAGUAAAAUGCUACGCCACCUCCGAACCACCGUCCGCCACCGUUCCACCAUCAUCCUUUGGCACCACCACAACCACUAUCACCGCUCAGCCAAGUACAACCCCCCCAAAACAGCAAAUCCACCCUCCCCACCGAAGCCUCCAAAAGCCCCUCAAAAACCACAAACAUUCACUUUCCAUGAUGUCACUUGGGAAGAUCCUUACUCCUGGAUGUCUUCUCUCCAAGACAAAGUCGCCAUGCGACAUAUGGACAUGUAUAUGGAACAGGAAGAGAAGUAUACUGAAGCUGUCAUGUCGGACACUGAGCGACUCCAAACUAAGCUCCAGUCUGAGAUGGCCUCUCGCUUGAACUUUGAUCUCUCUACACCUCCACUCCGUUGGGGUCCAUGGUUGUAUUAUAGAAGGGUGGAAGAAGGGAAGCAAUAUCCAGUGCUAUGUAGGAGGUUGGCAAGCUUGAACGAGGAGUUCAUUUCGCUUAAGUCUCCAAGUUCUGGAUUUGAUUUUACUUCUGGGAAGAGGAUUGAACAGAAGCUGCUUGAUUACAAUCAAGAAGCUGAGAGAUUUGGAGGUUAUGCUUAUGAAGAAUUAUCUGAGAUAUCGCCGGACCAUAAGUUUCUUGCAUACACCAUGUAUGAUAAGGACAAUGACUACUUCAAGUUAUCUGUGAGAAAUUUGAAUUCUGGUGCAUUAUGCAGCAAGCCUCAUGCAAAUCGUGUUUCGAAUUUGGCAUGGGUCAAGGAUGGGCAGGCGUUGCUCUAUGUCGUUACUGAUGAAAAUAAGAGGCCAUAUAGGAUAUACUGUAGCAUGAUUGGAUCAACUGAUGAAGAUGUUUUGCUGCUGGAAGAACAAGAUGAAAAUGUCUAUGUAAACAUAAGACACACAAAAGAUUUCCAUUUUGUGACAGCUAAUACAUUUUCUCCUACAUUUUCUAAGGUCUUUCUGAUAAAUGCAGCUGACCCCUUUUCCGGCAUGAACUUAGUUUGGGAGAGUGAAGGUAUUGUUCACUGCGUUCUCGAGCAUCAUCAAGGAUACCUUUAUUUAUUUACUGAUGCACCCAAGGAUGGACAAAUAGUUGAUAGUCAUUAUCUUCUUCGAAGCCCUGUUGAUUCUUCAUCCAAUCCUAGAAUUUGGGAGAAUGUAUUCAUUGGUGAUCAAAACUUGGUCAUAGAGGAUGGUGAUUUCUGCAACUCGCACUUGGUUCUUCUUACAAGGGAAGGUCGAAAAUAUGGAAUCUGCUCUGUUGCUCUACCAUUACCUGGUUGGAAGCAAGCCGUUCAUCUGAGAGAGCUUCAGCCUCAUUUCCUUCCUCUUCCAAAACAUGUUUGUAACAUUUCUCCUGGGCCAAACUAUGACUACUACUCCAAAACUAUGCGCUUCACAAUAUCAGCACCUGUGAUGCCUGAUGCUGUGGUUGAUUAUGACUUAUCAAAUGGCAAGUGGAAUAUUGUUCAACAGCAAAAUAUGCUUCAUGAAAGAACCCGGAUUUUGUAUGGUACAGCGUUGUCUUCAGCCAUUGCUGAGAAGACAACAAAUGUGAAAUUUUCUUCUAUGAAUGAUGUCAAAUCUGAAGACAGAAACUUGUGGAAUGACCUCUCUGAAUUUUAUGCUUGCGAACAUCACUAUGUCUCUUCUUAUGAUGGGGCUAUGGUUCCUUUAACUAUUGUUUACUCACGCAAAAAUAGAAAGGAUAGCCAAAGCCCUGGAUUGCUUCACGGACAUGGAGCUUAUGGUGAAAUACUUGAUAAAAGGUGGCGUAGUGAGUUGAAAAGUCUUCUUGAUCGCGGUUGGAUUGUUGCUUAUGCUGAUGUAAGAGGUGGUGGUGGUGGUGGUAAGAAAUGGCAUCAUGAUGGCCGACGCACAAAGAAACAGAAUUCAAUCAAAGAUUACAUCUCUUGUGCAAAGUACCUUGUUGAAAAAGAGAUUGUGCAAGAAAACAAGCUUGCUGGUUGGGGAUAUAGUGUCGGAGGACUCCUGGUUGCCUCAGCCAUCAAUUGCUGCCCGGAUUUAUUCCGUGCUGCAGUUUUGAAGGUUCCUUUUUUAGAUGCAACCAACACUCUGCUAUACCCCAUUUUACCUCUGACGGCUGCCGAUUAUGAAGAGUUUGGUUACCCUGGGGAUAUUGAUGAGUUUCAUGCCAUAAGGAAAUUUUCUCCCUAUGACAAUAUUCAGAAGAAUGCUCUUUAUCCAGCUGUAUUAGUCUCCACAUCCUUCAACACACGAUUUGGAGUUUGGGAAGCGGCAAAAUGGGUCGCUCGAGUUCGUGAACAAACUAUUUAUGAUCCCAAACACCCCAUACUACUUAAUCUAACGAUAGAUGUUGUAGAGGAAAAUAGAUAUCUUCAAUGCAAAGAGUCAGCUCUGGAGACUGCAUUUCUUUUAAAGACGGUGGGUUCAUAGAUUGGCUUUUAGAAUUCCAUCCCAUGAUUUUGCCACUAUCUUCUGCAAUGCAAGGAAGCUACAAGGUUAGGGUAUAUAUAUCUGCUGUGCCGUGGCUGAACUAAGAUAAUAUCAAUCACCUUUUACUCAACAUGCUCGUUCCCAUUUCAGGGAAAAACGAUUGGAAUUUGUCUGGUCUCUUUGGGUUUAUAUGGAUUUGGACUCUGCUUUCUUUAUGUCCUGAUAAUAGCCCCUUAUUCAAGUGGUUCAUCAUGCUAAAGCAGCCAUUGAUUUUUUGGCCAUAUGUUGCUUUCAUUCAUUGGGAUCAUUACCUUGUUAUCUGUAAAUGUCAGUGUACCUUAUCCCUUACGUAACAUCAAUGCUAAAACACUAGUCCUUGAAGAACUUUGAUUA